CUCUGCACCUUCACUAAAACCUCAGUUCAAUCUCCAAUGGCGGAUCUCCACGAAACGUCAAACAUGAAGACCGUCGUCACCACCGUCGCCUCUCUCGCCGCCACCGCAAUGCUCGUCCGCAGCGUCGCUGGGGACUUGCUGCCGGAGGAGUUUCGCCACUUCUUCUCCCACAGCCUCCGCCGCAUCAAACGCCGCUUCUCAACGGAAUUCACCAUUGUAAUCGACGAGUUCCGAGGCAAUUUUAUAAACCAAGUGUUCCACGCCGCCGGGAUCUACCUGGGCAGCCUCGAACUCGACCAUUCUGUAACCAAACGAGUCAGAUUGGGGAAGACGCAGAACGACAAAAGCCUGAUCAUAACCAUGGACAACAACGAAGAAAUAGUAGAUUCCUACGAAAACAUCCAGCUAAAAUGGAGAUUCCUAUGCAUAAAGCAAGAUUCUAAUUCUUCAUCUCUGAGAUCUGAGGUGCGCAUGUACGAGCUGAGUUUUCACAAGAAGCACAAGGCCAGAGUGGUGAAAUCGUACCUGCCAUACAUACUGGAAAGAUCAAACGCCAUUAAAGCCAAGCUCAAGGAAACGAGGUUCCAUUCGAAUCUCAGAGGAGGGUUUCAUCCAAACAUGAGAGGAUGGAACUCGGGCUCUAUCAUUCAACAUCCAAUGACAUUCAACACUUUGGCUAUGGAUGAAAGAGUGAAAAGUGGUUUGAUUGAGGAUUUGGAUGAUUUUGUGAAGGGGAAGGAGUAUUAUAGGAGAAUGGGGAGGGCGUGGAAACGUGGGUACCUUCUUUAUGGACCUCCUGGAACAGGCAAAUCAAGCUUGAUUGCAGCCAUGUCUAACUAUCUCAACUAUGACAUAUAUGAUCUUGAUCUUUCAGAAGUGAAUUCCAACUCGGAUUUGAGGCCCUUGUUGUUUGGCAUGGGUAGCCGUUCAAUCCUUGUGAUAGAGGAUAUUGACUGCACCAUCAAGCUGGAGAACAGGAACACUGGGGAAGACAAAGAAAAUCGCCAUAACAAGGUGACAUUGUCGGGGUUGCUUAACUUUCUUGAUGGGAUUUGGUCGUGUUGUGGGGAGGAAAGGAUAAUUGUGGUCACAACUAACCACAUUGACAGAUUGGAUCCUGCUUUGCUAAGGCCAGGAAGAAUGGAUAUGCAUAUCCAUUUGUCAUACUGCAAAUUUUCUGCAUUCAAGCAAUUGGCAGUGAACUAUUUGGGGAUAUAUGAUCAUCAACUUUUCCCAGAAAUUGAAGGGCUUUUGGAGGAAGUAGAGGUCACUCCAGCUGAAGUUGCAGGGGAACUGAUGAUAAAGAGCAAGGACACUUACCUUUCCCUUCAAGGCCUUAUUCAAUUCCUUCACAACAAAAAAAAUGGGAAAGGGAUAAAGGCAUAAAGCUGAACUAAAGAGAGAUAUUCCCUUCUAAAACGGGUUAGAAUUUAAAAUUAAGUCAAGACUACACAUGAAAAGAAAUGUAAGACACAUACUUUAUAUGUGCUUGUUAAUUAAUUGUAUUAGGAUCAGCCCACGAACAUUAACUUAAAAAC